AUGACCGAAUCACUCUCUUCCAGCAUACCCAUAGGUUAUGACCAAGGAAUACCGUCUCCGAUCACUCUGGAAGACUCUAAGACUGCAAACAACAAUGACACACACACGCCGUUGCUAUACAGUUUCCUGGCAGGAGGCUUUGGGGGAGCUGUCGGUGAUUCAGUGAUGCAUUCUCUGGAUACGGUAAAGACCCGUCAACAAGCCGCCCCGAAUAUAGCCAAAUACAAGAGCAUGAUACCCGCAUAUUCGACGAUUUUCACCCAGGAAGGCUUCAGACGCGGUUUGUAUGGCGGAUAUACGGCUGCGAUGCUAGGGUCGUUUCCUAGCGCAGCCACCUUUUUCAUCACAUACGAGUCGAUGAAAAGACUCAUGAUAGAUCGCUUCGGUAUAAACGACACAGUUUCCUUUUUGACUGCUGGAUUUCUCGGUGACUUGGCCUCGAGCAUUUUCUACGUUCCCUCCGAGGUUUUGAAGACUAGAUUACAACUCCAGGGAAAGUACAAUAACCCUCAUUUCAACUCGGGCUACAACUAUCACGGGCUCACCGAUGCUAUCAAGACUAUAGUGAGGCAGGAGGGCUGGCAAACGCUGUUUUUUGGCUACAGAGCCACAUUAGUGAGAGACCUGCCGUUUUCGGCAUUACAGUUUGCAUUCUAUGAAAAGUUCAGAAGCUGGGCAUACUAUUUAUCACCAAACGAGACCACCGACGACAACCUCUCGGUGACACUUGAGCUCGCUACGGGAGGAGCUGCAGGUGGUUUGGCUGGAACAUUGACAACACCUCUGGAUGUAAUCAAGACGAGAAUUCAGACGCAAUCGACAUCUUCGAUGGGAUCGAGCAAACCAGAGCACCUGUCGUCGCCCUCCAUCAUGAGAGGACUGACUCUGGUGUAUCGUGCCAAUGGGUUCACGGCCCUGUUUGCUGGUGUGGGUCCAAGGUUUAUCUGGACGAGUGUCCAGAGCAGUGUGAUGCUGUUUCUGUACCAGCUUUCGUUAAAGAACCUAGAAGACACCUUUGGGUCCAAGGGCUCCACUAUGUCUGCAUAA